ACAUUCCCCCCUGACAGAUUCUGCUUUUCGAUUUACAAUUCGAUAGAAAAAUUUUGAGUUUUACUUUCUGGCGAUGGCGCUACUUUUCGGUUUAUUUGGGCGUCGCCACAUGUCCAUGAUAAUGCGUCAAAAUUUUGCCAAAAGCUGCGAGAAAAAGCUAAACGAUCAGAUCAACAUGGAGCUAAAGGCCUGCCACCAGUAUUUGGCAAUGGCCUUCCACUACGAUCGGGCCGAUGUGAGCUCCCCGGGCGUCCACAGGUUCUUUCUGCAGGCCAGCAACGAGGAGCGCGAGCAUGCCGAGAAGCUCAUGAAGUACAUGAACAAGCGGGGCGGCCUCGUCCGCCUGAGUGCCGUUCCAGAGCCGAUACCCUGCUUUGCGGACACCCUGGCCGGCCUGAAGCAUGCCCUGGAAAUGGAGCUGGAGGUCAACCAGCACCUGCUCGACGUGCACGCCUUGGCCGGGCAGGAGAACGAUCCCAAUCUGUGCGACUUCAUCGAGGCGAACUUCCUGCAGGAGCAGGUCGACGGCCAGAAGGUCCUCGCGGACUACAUACGGCAAAUGGAGCGGGCCAAGGACGAUCUGGGGGAGUACCUGUUCGACAAGUACCUGUCCUCCACGGCAGGCAUGCAUCCAUCCAGCGGUGCCGAAGGACACUGAACCCACCCCACCUCCGUUUUGUAUUGCCAAAAAUUCAUUUCGUGCCUUUGAGAAUAAAGAUUUUGCGACUUAUCAGCCGCUGAAGCAGCAGCAGCAUUAAGUC